CUCAGAUUUACAAUUUUAUGGUUAUAACCCCCAAAUUUUCAUCGACGAGAAGGAACUUUUGCUUAUUCUUUAUCUAGUUUUGGAAUAGUUUAUGUAUUUUAUAAUAAAAUUUUACAAAGAUGUUGCCAACAUGUAGACAAUAUUUUGUAAACAAAGGUACAUUUAGCUAUAAUUUCUAUUUUCCCUAUGUAUGGUGACUUUAGGAGGACAUUUUCAGAGGAGCAAGCUAUCCCCCGUUGCUGUGAUUCUUCCACAAUUGUAAAGGAAUUGUUUCUGACGCUUAUGUGGAAUAAUGGGAUUUAUAACGUAAGCUAGAAAUAAUAUUUUUUGUAUGCCUAUCCUGUCACGCUCCUUUACAUUCCGUAACCUCCGUUCACCCUGUUGUUACCCCCAUUUUACAGUUGAGAAUAACUGAGGCUAGCACUUUAAUUAAGGGAGAUAAAACAUGCACGUGAAUAAAUGUAACAUGAAACAAGAUAAAUUUGUUACAUUGACCACGUAAAGCAAAAACUAACAUUUGAAGGACCAGCGGCGCACUUUACCACGUGCCCGUUUCUGCAAAUGAACUUUUGGUGUGGUGUGGCCACAGACUGGCAUCCCUAGGAAUGAAACCUUGAGAGUGCGAAUCCACCAAGGAUUCCUCUGUAGGAAGGGAAACACCACCUGAACUUUCCUCCAGGAAAGCCUCAUCUGCGUGCCCUCGGUGCUCUUCAUUUAAGGAAGUUGGCUGGGGGAGGGGGUUUGCCUUGCGGCUGCGUCCUGCUCCCUGCGCGCUCCCCCACCCCCAGCCUCUGCUGCUGCUAAACCCCGGAAGAGCGGAGCGUGCACGUUGAGAUUCCUCGGCGGGCCUGGCAGCAGUGCUGGGCAUGCUCAGUGGGCAGGACUCGUUAGAGUGGCGAGUAAGGAAGCGUUGGCUCUUCUCUGGGUCUGCCUUCCCCGGUUCAGGCCCCGGCCCUGGGCUUUUGUGUGCGCGGAGCCGCAGCUACAGCUGCCUGUUCUCGGGGCCGCCCGACCCCAAAUGCCGGCUGGCCUGUCCGGUUUCCGCCGUUAACCUCGCCGAGCGGCCGGGAGGAGGAGCGGGGCGGGGCCGGCGGCGGGCGGACAGGCAGGAGGGCCCAGCCGGGGGUGGGGGCGGCACAGGCACCAAGAUGUCCAACCGAGUGGUCUGCCGGGAAGCCAGUCACGCCGGGAGCUGGUACACAGCCUCAGGACCGCAGCUGAAUGCACAGCUAGAAGGUUGGCUUUCGCAAGUACAGUCUACCAAAAGGCCUGCUAGAGCUAUUAUUGCACCCCAUGCAGGAUAUACGUACUGUGGGUCUUGUGCUGCCCAUGCUUACAAGCAAGUGGAUCCAUCUAUUACCCGGAGAAUUUUCAUCCUUGGGCCUUCUCAUCAUGUGCCCCUCUCUCGAUGUGCACUUUCCAGUGUGGAUGUAUAUAGGACACCUCUCUAUGACCUUCGUAUUGACCAAAAGAUUUACGGAGAACUAUGGAAGACAGGAAUGUUUGAACGCAUGUCUCUGCAGACAGAUGAAGAUGAACACAGUAUUGAAAUGCAUUUGCCUUAUACAGCUAAAGCCAUGGAAAGCCAUAAGGAUGAGUUUACCAUUAUUCCUGUACUGGUUGGAGCUCUGAGUGAGUCAAAAGAACAGGAAUUCGGAAAACUCUUCAGUAAAUAUCUAGCGGAUCCUAGUAAUCUCUUUGUGGUUUCUUCUGAUUUCUGCCAUUGGGGUCAAAGGUUCCGUUACAGUUACUAUGAUGAAUCCCAGGGGGAGAUUUAUAGAUCCAUUGAACAUCUAGAUAAAAUGGGUAUGAGUAUUAUAGAACAAUUAGACCCUGUAUCGUUUAGCAAUUACUUGAAGAAAUACCAUAAUACUAUAUGUGGAAGACAUCCCAUUGGGGUGUUAUUAAAUGCUAUCACAGAGCUCCAGAAGAAUGGAAUGAAUAUGAGCUUUUCCUUUUUGAAUUAUGCCCAGUCAAGCCAGUGUAGAAACUGGCAAGACAGUUCUGUGAGUUAUGCGGCUGGAGCACUCACGGUCCACUGAAGCUCUGAAUCCUCAGGGAUGCCACCUGCACAUUCUCAUAUUCUGUCCGGGGUCCCAGCCUAGCCUUUAUCAAGAUACUGGUCCUGGUUUGGGGGGAUUCUGAAACCUCAAACUAAUAGAACUUUCUUCUUUUCUAGUAGGUGUAGUCCUUCCUUAAUUUCAACUCAUUAAAAAAUGCUUUAUAGUUUAGGGCAGUGGAAGGAAGGCUGGCAUCAAAAUAUUUUGAUCAAAAAAGAUGAUAAUGUAAAGGCCCAGUUGUGGCAGACAGUUUUUUGAGAGUAACUUGUAAAGCAUUUACCAUAUCCUAAAUUUGCACUCUUUGCAGACUUGUGCACAUAUAUUCCGCUUUCAGAAUAGUUUUGCAAAUUGUACACAAACAAAAAAGGUGGAAGCUUUUUAAUAAAGAAAUUCUGCAUUUAUAAAUGAUCUGUAUUAGAAUAUAAUAAAUCUCCAGUUAUAGUCAAUUACUACCCGUGUUGUACAACAGAUACCUUCUAUUUUAGUUGCUAAUAAAGGGCUACACAACUCAAAA